AAUUUAUUUGGAAUCAGUGACGCUGAAAUAGCAUCACGUGACUGUGGUGUUUACAUUGUGCUGGACAAUGAGCUUCACACACUUGAAACCCAAUAAAAAGGUUCCUGACGCGGUGCUGGAGAACAUAAGAAACGCGCGGUGGAGAUAUUAGGAAUAUCGAGCAAACGCGCGUCUCUGUGCCAGCUGACGCGAGCGCGGUCUAUAAUGACGCGUCCUCAUCAUAUGGCUCAUCAUAACGUAUCAUAAGCGCCGUGAGGGGCUCCAUGUUUGAGCUCCACUGCUGCUGGAGUCAUGAGAGGCUCUGUGGACCUUCCUCCUGCCUCACUGUCUCAUCGCAAACUCUUGUGCACCCUCUGGUGCUUGCUAGACUCCAAAACUUCUUUGUGUUGCCUGCUUAGCAGAUUGUCUUCCUUGUCUCUGAGGCUGCUCAUUAUUCGGAGACAGCCGGAGCUCAGGUCAUCUGCAGCUGCCGUUCUGAAGAAGAAGAAGGAGAAGGAGGAGACGCGAGAGGGAAGAUGGCGAACAUCCUGCAGCUCUAGACCGGGAACUAGUUCGCAGAAGAUCCAGGAUCCAGCCGUUUCCCUGAUUUUCCAGGGAGUCCUAAGCGAUGGAAGUGCUGCAGUGCGAUGGCUGUGAUUUCCGUGCAGAGUCGAACGAUGAGCUCAAGGCGCACAUACAAGACAUCCACACGGCCUUCCUGCAGCCCACAGAAGUGGGAGAAGGUGACGAGUCACCCAGACAGUCCAGGUCAAACUCGUUAAACUCCCUCAGCCAAACAGAGGACGAGGAAGACUUGAGCAAUCACAAUUACGACUCGUUAAAAAAGGAAACAGGCAUCCAAUCCAUUAACAAAGACCUUGGGCACUUCUCUGGUUCAAAGCAAGCGAAACGCAACCAGACAGCAAAACCUUCGAACAAAACGUCAACUCCAUUUUUCCAGUGCAAGUUCUGUGUGCGGUACUUCAGAUCCAGCUCUCUUCUCAGUGAACACACCAGGAAGGUCCAUGGAGAAGCAAGCAAUGAGAGAUCCCUCAAAACUUCCAAGAAGGCCAGCUGCAGCGCUACAACUUACGAUGGUGUAGGAACGGUCUUUUCCUGCCAGUAUUGCACUUAUAAAUCCCCACACAGAGCACGGAUUCUGAAACACCAGAAAAUGUAUCACAAAGAAGGUCUACCAGGCCACUCGGCUCCUCCUGUUGGAGCAGAGGUUUUGGAUUUGAACUCUGACGCCUCCUCCGUUGAAGAACAAUGUGAAGAGUCGCCAGGGGAUGUAGAACGUAAUGUGCUGGAAUCUAUGAUAACGCCCCAGUCAAGAGGAAGCUUUGACUGUGAGUGGUGUGGAUUUCAGACUUCGCAAAGGCAGCAGUUAGCCGAUCACAUGAUGAAGAAACACCGUAACAUGGUAAAGAUCAUGGUGUCCUUGCAACAGCCCAAAAUGCAGGACGGAAGUGCAGGGUCCAGCAAGUCUGAUUCUGCUUCAUCCAGGAGAAGCACUCCAACCUCCAAUUUGAACCUGAACGAUCUAGCGUGCAAUGAAGGUUCCUCCGCAAAUGCCUCGUCAAUCAAAGGAUCCUCUGGCAAUGCAUCACUCAAGGCCACUUCAGGGAUAUCAAGUUUUCAGUACUCACAGCUCACAGCAAAAAUACCUAACAGCACAGGAUCUUCCAUACUGUCAGAGAGAUCGACUUUCACCAUGUCAGAUAUGUCUAGGUCUGGCAUGGAUCUAGAUGCCAGCAUGCUGAAUGAUUCCAAAAGCAGUUCAGAUGAUGAACUCUGUGGCUUGGAUGAUCCCAAUUACACGGAGUCAGCUGAGGAUUCUACUAAGCUGCUUCUGUCAGAAGAGGAUAAUGACCUGCUGGAAACUAAAGGAGUUCCAUUCAAAAGACACAUGAACAGGUUCCAGUGCCCUUUCUGCUCCUUCUUGACCAUGCACCGGCGUAGUAUUUCUCGUCACAUAGAGAACAUACACUUAUCUGGCAAAGCUACAGUGUAUAAAUGUGACGAGUGCCCCUUUCUUUGCACCAACCCACUUAAACUUGACGCGCACAAACAAUGUCACGGUGGGUCUUCCGAAUGGGACACUAUGGACUUAACCAGUGAAAGUGUAGAUGGUCCGGCUGAACGCUCCGAGCCGGUGAACAGGGGAAACGGCAGCUCUAAAAUCAACGGGAAAAAAUCCAGCACAGUCGAGGAACUGCAGGGUCCUCAUCGGUGCUCACUGUGUAACUUUUCCACCAUCACACUGAAAGGUCUACGUGUCCACCAGCAACACAAACACUCAUACUGUGAUGGAACACAAGUCACAGGUCAAGAGGGCUCGUCCAAUGAGCAGCAAGAUUCUGAGUCUGAGUCCUACAGCUCCUUGAGCUUCGUUCAGAAAACUCAGACCUCAAUCCUUGGAAUUUCAACCAAGAAGCAUCUUAUUGGGAAGACAGCAAGAAAGUCCAUCAAUGAUUUGCCCUUGGAUCUCUCUCCUGUCAAAAAACGGACGAGGAUUGAUGAAAUUGCAAACAAUCUCCAGAGCAAGAUUAGUCAAAGCCAGCAGCACGAAGAUGUGAUUAACCUUGAGGAGAUGGACAACGAUAUGGAGGAGAAUGGGAAUCACAUCGAUUUAGAAACAAGCAAAGAGAGAGAAACCUCUGAUGCUCAAAGUCAGCACUACACCUUCAACACUCAGCACCUUCAUGUUAGAAAUUCUGGAAGUCUUCAGACAGAGCGUGGUGUUGGGAAAAGAAAACGCAAUCUGCAGUCCAAACUCAGCUCAAGAAACAUUCCUGUUCAAGUAACCAUUUCUGAUGAUGAAGACAAUUACAGUGCCUCUUUGGAAUCUAAAGAUGCCCAAGAUCAAAGCAGCCAAGAUAGCAGAGAGACAUAUCAAGACAACACUGAAUACAAUACUGAAGAACCUGGGAACCUGUUCUACUGCAAACAUUGUGAGUACCAAAACAAGUCUGCUCGCAGUGUCAGCACACACUACCAGAGGAUGCACCCUUAUAUCAAGUUUAGCUUCAGAUACAUCCUGGACCCAGAGGAUCAGAGCGCAGUCUUCCGUUGUCUCGAGUGCUUCAUCGAAUAUAACAACUUUAAUGAUCUGCACCAGCACUAUAUGACACACCAUCCAGAAGCAAGCAACGUUUUGAACUUUAACCAGCCAGAUCUGGUGUACAUGUGCCGUUUCUGUUCCUACACAAGUCCAAAUGUGCGGAGCCUGAUGCCCCAUUAUCAAAGAAUGCACCCUUCAGUGAAGAUCAACAAUGCCAUGAUCUUCUCCAGCUACAUGGUCGAUCAGCCUCAUAAGGGGGCUGCUGAAUCCCAAACACUGAGGGAAAUCUUGAAUUCUGGGCCCAAGAGUUUCAGCCCCACCUCAUCUGGGUCCAGAUCAUCAUCCAGUCCUGCUCUCAAAAGCAUCUGCAAAACGCCAGAAGCAAACACUGAGACUGAAGCUUUUCGAGAAAGUCUGGGUGGUAAUGUGGUGGUUUACGACUGUGAUGUCUGUUCUUUCUCAAGUCCCAACAUGCACUCAGUAUUGGUCCAUUAUCAGAAAAAACACCCCGAGCAAAAGGCCUCCUACUUCCGCAUACAGAAGACCAUGCGGGUCAUAUCUGUUGACCAAGCACAGUUGUCAAACAAUUCAACCUACAGCCUGACGAGCACCCCCAAGUCUUCAAACGUCAUCUUGCCUGUGGCUCUGGAUGAAGAUGUUUACUACUGCAAACACUGUGUCUACAACAACCGCUCUGUAGUGGGCGUUCUGGUCCACUAUCAAAAGCGACAUCCGGAGAUUAAGGUGACAGCAAAGUACAUAAAACAAGCACCUCCAACUCCGGGACUGCUGAAACUCAUGGAUGAGUUACAAAUCGCACCCCCUAAACAGUUUCUGAAGCAAUUCAACAACAACGGUAUUGAAGGAUCAAGUAAUUCCAACACUAAAGGAGCAUCCGACAAAGGGGAACCUGAAAUGCUGUUCUUCUGCCAGCACUGCGACUACGGGAACCGCACUGUGAAGGGGGUUUUGAUCCACUACCAGAAGAAGCACAGGGACGUGAAAGCCAAUGCCGACCUCAUCCGUAGACACACGGCUGUGGUCAGGAGUCAGAGAGAACGAGCGCAGAUGAUCCAAGCGGGAAGUUCCACGUCCACUGCAACUGUAGCUACUGAAGCAGAAAAAUCCAGGGCGUUACGAUCUUUGAAGUGUAGACACUGUGUGUACACAUCUCCUUAUGUGUAUGCCUUGAAGAAGCAUUUGAAGAAGGAUCAUCCUACUGUGAAGGCCACGGCCAUGACGAUCUUACACUGGGCUUAUCAGGAUGGUGUGUUAGAGGCUGGUUAUCACUGUGAGUGGUGCAUAUAUUCUCACGCUGAACCAAGCGGGCUGCUCAUGCAUUACCAAAGACGCCAUCCUGAGCACAACGUCGACUACACUUACAUGGCCAGCAAACUGUGGGCUGGUCCUGAUACUUCCACCAGCAGACAAGCUGGGAACUCUGAAACGAAGCAUUACCAAUGCAGAGAUUGUGCCUUUGAGGCGUGCUCCAUCUGGGACAUUACUAACCAUUACCAAGCAGUACACCCUUGGGCCGUCAAAGGUGACGAGUCUGUCCUGCUCGACAUUAUCAAGGGGAACCAAGCACCUGAUAAGCUGCUCCCACAACUGCCCAAAGGACACGUUUCAAUGUAUAGUCCAUUCAACAGCAACCAGCAGGAAGAGACUACAGUUGAAGUCAGCCGCCGAACACAUGAGCGACAACCUAAUCUCUCUCUGUCUGCCACGUCGUCUAUCUCAAACAACCCUUACCAGUGCACCGUGUGCUUGUCUGAGUACAACAGUCUUCAUGGGCUUCUGACCCACUAUGGCAAAAAACACCCGGGCAUGAAAGUGAAAGCUGCUGACUUCGCUCAGGAUGCAGACAUCAACCCUAGCUCUGUUUACAAGUGCAGACACUGUCCGUACGUGAACUCUCGCAUCCAUGGAGUUCUCACACACUACCAGAAACGACAUCCUUCCAUCAAAGUCACGGCUGAAGACUUUGCCGAUGAUGUUGAGCGGGUAAACGAGUUGGUUAACGAGGGGGAUGAGCGAUCUAAAACCCAGAGGCAGGGCUACGGUGCUUACCGCUGCAAGAUGUGCCCUUACACACAUGGCACUUUAGAGAAACUCAAGAUACACUAUGAGAAAUAUCAUAACCAGUCUGCUGCAAACAUUUUCAGAACAGCUGCCAAGCAGUCACCGACCAGAAGAGACGAUUUGGUUGCUGAAUGCAGUAGCAGCAGUGUGACCAAAGUCUCUGAGAUUUGUGACUUUGACCUCGCAAUUCCCGAAGUCGCAAAGAGUGACAAGAAUGCGGUGUUUACAUGUCAGCUGUGCAAAUACUUCUGCUCCACCCGGAAAGGUAUCGCUCGUCACUACCGUAUCAAGCAUAACAAUGUCAGAGCGCAGCCCGAAGGGAAGAACAAUGUCUUUAAAUGUGCACUCUGCUCCUACACCAACCCCAUCCGCAAAGGCCUCGCAGCACACUACCAGAAACGGCACGACAUUGAUGCCUACUACACGCAUUGCUUGGCAGCAUCCAAGACGGUGGGGGAGAAACCGAAAAAGGUGAUGGUGCCCUUGGCGUCAGAGGCAGAGGCUCCAGCGAUGAGCGAAGAGCUAAGGCUUGCGGUGGACCGUAGGAAAUGUUCGCUCUGCUCCUUCCAGGCUUUCAGCAGAAAGAGUAUCGUUUCUCAUUACAUAAAACGCCACCCAGGAGUCUUUCCCAAGAAGCAGCCCUCCAGCAAACUGGGCCGUUACUUCACUGUGAUCUAUUCCAAGGAGGCAGAGAAACCUCCAUCUACGGAGGAGGUGGAAAUUGUUGAAGUUAAGGAUGAGGUUGAACCUGAAGGUGAUGUGGACUGGCUCCCCUUUAAAUGCCUGAAAUGCUUCAAGCUGUCGUUCAGCGCGGCGGAGCUGCUGGUGAUGCAUUACAAUGACUGCCACGACAAGGAGCUCAAGCGGGAUUUCGUCAACAUUCCGAGCCCAGCAGAAGAUGGGACGGAGCUCUACCAGUGCACCCACUGUGAAAUCAAGUUCUUGACUCUUCCAGAACUCAGCGUCCAUCUGAUAAACCACAAUGAGGAUUUCCAGAAAAGAGCCAUGAGGCUAGAAAGAAGAAAACAGCUUCAAAGCAAGCAGAGGACGACAGAGCCACCAGAAGCCAAACCAGAGAAUAAGGUGGAGAGCACACCCAAUAAGACUCCCAUCGGCUACAGGUGCAACUUCUGCGUGGAGGUCCACACCACCCUCCGGGCCAUCUGCAACCACCUGAGAAAGCAUGUGCAGUAUGGGGAGGCCAAGGAGGGACACGUGAAGCAGGAAGCAGCGGAGAUGCCUGUUGCUGUUCCCAUGGACGGAAUCACCAACGGUGACGUGGAGGAUGUGGUUGCCAUGGACGCUGACCCAUUGGAGACUACUGGUGCAUCACCGCCUGAUGUCACCAUGGAGACCAUGGAGCCGGUGGCCGUGGAAACGGAGCCGAUGGUUGGGCCGCUGGAGUCGGAGAAGGAGCGUGUGGUUCCUGGGCAUCCGUGCAGUAUGUGCAAUCGUAUGUUCAUGUCCAUGCAGGGCCUGCGCUCUCACGAGAGGAGCCACUCAGCUGUAGCGCUCGUCAACAGAAACGACAAAUACAGCUGCCAGUACUGUCAGUUCGCCUCGCCGUUCAGACACAAUCUGGACCGUCACAUCCAGUCACACCACGGACAUCAGAAGCCCUUCCGCUGUAAGUUCUGUCCCUUUAAAUCCUCCUACCUGAGCCGCCUCAAGAGCCACCUGCACAAAGCACACGCAGGUGAACACACGUAUAAGUGCGUCUCGUGUCUGUUCUCCACCAUGACCAUCAUCCAGCUGAAGGAGCACUCGCUGCAGGAGCACGGAGAGACGCUCACGCUGCCCAAACUCAGAGCCGGAGCCACGCUGCGCUCCACACGACCCAACACUGAACACAGCGACCAGAACACGGCCCUCGACCCACAAUGCACCGAGUCUGCGGGAUAUCUGGAGCCAGCAGAUGUUCAGCAGCAGUUGAGUCACUUCCAGCUGGCGUCUCGGGUCCAGGCUGAUGUUUCCUCCAGUCCGCCACCGCCACUCGAGAGUCCCGUUCCUCAGGCCCGGCCCGACUCCAUCCUCACCUGUGAGUUCUGCGAGUUCAGCUCCGGCUACAUGCAGAGUCUGCGCAGACAUUACCGCGACCGGCACGGAGGAAAGAAGCUCUUCAAAUGCAAGGACUGCUCCUUCUUCACCUGCUACAAGUCCACGUUCACGCUGCAUGUGGAGGGCGGUCACACCAGCGGCCCCGAGGAGACGCCCAAAGAUCUGCGCUGCCCCUUCUGUCUGUACCACACCAAACACAAGAGCAGCAUGAUCGACCACAUCGUCCUGCACAGAGAGGAGCGCGUGGUCCCGCUGGAGGUGUCUCGCUCGAAGCUGUCUCGUCAUCUGGAGGGCCUGGUGUUCCGCUGUCACAAAUGCACCUUCACCUGCUCCAGCGAGCCGAACCUGCAGCAGCACAUCCAGAAACACGAGGAGCUGAAGCCCUAUCAGUGUCAGCUCUGCUACUACGACAGCAAACUCCUGCACAAGCUGGAGAUCCACCUGCGCCAGGAGCACAAGGUGAUCCGUAACUUUGAGCUGGUGGGGCGGGUGAACCUGGACCAGCUGGAGCUGAUGAAGGACAAGACGAAGGACGUGAGCAGCAGUGAGGAGGAGGAGAGAGGAGAAGAAGACGAGACUGAAGAGGAGGAGGAGGUGGAGGAAGAGCUGAUGGAGGAGGAAGAUGAGGAGGAGACGAGCAGCCAGACGGAGGUGACAGGUGUUGAGGAGUCUCCCAGCGGCAGCGGCGUCAAACGCUAUCCGUGUGAGUUCUGCGGCCGCACCUUCACACUCGGCUCCGAAUGGGAGCGACACGUCCUUCGACACGGCAUGACUGUUAAUGGCAGCAAGAGAGACGGCAGUCCUGUGCCCUCGUCAGCGCUGCCUCUGAUUGGUCCAGCAGCUGUGAUUGACAGAGGGCUGGACCUAUCCAGUAACACUGUGGAUCAGUCUGACCAAUCCAAGUGUCCGAUUCAGACCGAAGAAGACAAAGAGACGCAAGAGACCAAAAACGACCCUUAGGAGCAAAACGAAAGCUGUAGAGAAUGUCAUGCGUUCCAUUGUUUCGUCUGUCUGUUCACCGUUUGUUUUGUUGCAGAACAACAUCGGCUGCUUCUUAAGUAUUUGGUUUAAAAAGCUAGAUUUGUGGAAUGUGAUGAUCCCGGUUUGGAGUCUCGCUAGAUGUUGAUGUGUCGCGUUUGUUCAGUUGCUGAAUCUUACACUGAAUUUUACAAAGUGUGACUUGGUCCCUCAGGACAGAUGUUGAUAUAUUGGUAACCAAUAGUGAAUGAAACUGUGAGUCGAGAUUCCGAUCGAAUCACGAGUCCCUCCGUUCAGAGAUUUUCAUUUCCUCGAUGCACUUUUCGUUACAUUCAUUCAUACGUAAUGAAUGAAGCGUGAGAAUCGAAUGUCUUCCGCGGCGGCGAUCGCACACGCUGAUAGUCUUGAAGACGGCGUGUCGUGAUUCACGUCCGUUUCAAACGAGAGACAAUUCAUCCGGAAGCUUCUCGGAUUCGCUCGGAACGUCGCCUGACAGUUUCUGUUUUUUACAUUUUAUCCUUGUGUUAAUCUGCCUGUAGCUGAAUUCCUUGAGGAAUAGUUGUCAUCUUAUUUAUGUAGAUCGUUUGAUUCUUUUAGACAUGAUUUUAGAGUAUCAACACUUGCCCCAAAAACUCGUAGCAAAUUGCUACUUUUGAAGAUUUCGGCCACUUCCGGCUCGUCUUGCACUUCCGCUUCACUUUAAUAACGAUUAACGUGUUGGGCAUCAAUGGAUCGCAGUCACGUGUUUCUGCCGGUCUCAGGUAGAUCUGCUGCCGAUUGGACGAUUCUGACAGUCUGUUUAAAGGAAUAUUCUGGGUUCAGAACACACUCACAAUCAUAUUUAGGCCUAAAUUUAAGAUUUA